GACGACCCUUGGUGCGAGCACUUCACGAGUCGUGAGCACGCCAGGAAGGUUCGCAACUGGGCGCCGGGGACGACCGUUAACCCGGAGCACCCGGGCGCGGUGCCGCCGCCACCGCGGGCUCUGGGCUGGGGCGCCUGCGCCGCGGCGCCUCCGCCAGCGCCGGCGUGGGGGGCGUGGAGCGUCGCCUCGGAGGCGCCUCCGCCUCCGCCCGCCCGGGGCCCAGCCGCGGGCGCGGCAGUGGUUCCCCCUCCGCCGGCCGCUGGCUCGCAGCGGCCGGCGGACGCGGCGGCGCCCCCGCCUGUGAUCGCUCUAACGGACGGAUCCACGCAAGAUGCGCCCGAGCAGGCCGAGGGCGAUCAGGCGGGGCGCGCUCCGUGGGGUGCAGUCCCGGCGGCCUGGGGCGCGCCCGCCGCGGCGCCUCCGCCUGCCUGGGGCCCAGUCGCGGGAGCGGCAGUGGUCCCGCCUCUGACCGACGGCUCCACGCAGGAUAGGAUCGACGCUCUCGAGCGAGCCGUGAGCGAGCUGCAACAGCAGCUCGCUCGCCUGCAG